CAUUACCUUACUUUUAGGCAGCUUUGUUCAACUUGAUAUCUCAUCAACACCACUUCCUGAGAAGAUUCAUUACUCUUCAGUGAGACAUUUCUCCCUAUGUUGUAAAUUAGAAGGGUUCAAAAAGAAAAUGACCUCUACUUCAGAUGCUGCCACCAUCUCCACAGGAUAUUACCCAGCAUAUUCCUUAUAUGAUGAAGGCUAUGAAGAUGGUCCUGAACCAUGCAGCAAAGAUGGAGUAAAGAGAUUUAGUUCUUGGUUCCUUCCCACAUUUUACUCACUAGUGUUCUUCCUUGGUUUGGCAGGAAACACACUUGUCCUUUUGGUACUGUUCAAAUACAAGAGGUUGAGAAGCAUGACGGAUAUCUAUCUACUCAAUCUUGCAAUCUCCGACUUGCUUUUUGUUUUCGCUCUUCCUUUCUGGUCAUAUUUUGUUGCUGAUGAAUGGGUGUUUGGAGAUGGCUUAUGUAAAUUCAUCUCUUGGGUUUACCGGACUGGCUUCUACAGUGGGAUCUUUUUUAUCAUGCUCAUGAGCAUUGAUCGGUACUUUGCUGUUGUUCAUGUUGUGUUUGCUUUGAAAGCAAGGACCGUCAGCUAUGGUACCCUUGCAAGUCUUGUCGUCUGGCUAGUGGCCAUCACAGCUUCUUUUCCAGAGCUGAUAUUUAGCGAAGCUAAGAGUGACUAUAAUCAUACUGAAUGUAAGUCAGUAUACGGCAAGAAUGACACAAUGUGGAAGCUUUUUACCGCUUUAGAAACCAACAUUUUGGGCCUUCUUAUACCGUUCAUGGUCAUGCUGUUUUGCUACACACAUAUUGUUAAGACCUUAAUGCACUGCAGAAAUGAAAAGAAGAAGAGGGCUGUGAAGAUGAUAUUUGCUGUGAUGAUUGUGUUUUUUGUGUUCUGGACCCCUUACAAUAUUGUCCUCUUCCUGCAGUAUUUGUUGGAUGUUGACAUUCUUACAGGAUGCAGCAUCAGCAAAAACCUGGACUAUGCAGAUCAAGUGACGCAGACUCUCGCGUUUUUUCACUGCUGCCUCAAUCCAGUCAUCUACUUCUUUAUGGGACAAAAAUUCAAGAAGUACAUCAAGCUGUUCUUUAAGAACUGCAUCUUGACUAAAAGAGUGUGCAAACCUUGUGGGCUCCCUGAUACUCUUUCCUUUGAAUCCUCGAGCUCGUUCCGCACUCAGUCCACAAGUGAAGAAGAGGCUCUCUGAAGAUCCAGGAAGAAUAUUUGGUGAGAACAGGCCAAAAGAUCACACUUUAUACACUGGAUCAGUGAUAGCUAUACUUUCAACCCAAAACCUUCACAUGCUGACAAAUAAGCACAGUCUACAACAACAGUUUUGAGUAUGGAAGAAGAGAAGAAAAGCUCAGUAUCUUUGGGGAAAGCUGUCACGAAAAAUUCUCCCAAGACCUAUUAAAUUAUCUCUCAUCUGCAGUGUGUUGAACUUAAAUGUCUGACAUUUAAAUAUCUGAUAAGGUUUUCAAUUAUCUUGCAGGUCUCCUAUCAUGUCACCAUUUAAUAUAGAAUCAUAGAAUCAGAGUUGGAAGAGACCUCUUGGGCCAUCCAGUCAAACCCCCUGCCAAGAAGCAGGAAAAUCACAUUCAAAGCAUCCCCGACAAAUGGCCAUCCAGCCUCUGCUUAUAAGCCUCCAAAGGAAGCUCCACCACACUCCAGGGCAGAGAGUUCCACUGCUAAACAGCUCUCCUAAUGUUCAGGUGGAAUCUCCGUUCCUGUAGUUUGGGGUUUUCUUUCCUGCCUGGAGAUUUUUCUACCUUUGGAGACAAGAAUGUCUUCAAAGCAAUUCAACAUCCCUUGCUAAUCAAGGUGAUCAAUUGCAACAUUCACACUUGCCUCCAACAGACAAGAGAUCUUUCUCCCACUCUGGACAUCCCACAGAUAUAUAAACCCCACUUGUCAAGUUUCCAACAAACCUCACAACAUCUGAGGAUGCCUGCCAUAGAUGUGGGUGAAACGUCAGGAGAGAAUGCUUCUGUAACAUGGCCACACAGCCCGGAAAACUCACAGCAACCCAGUGAUUCUGGCCUGGGACUUGCUGUGAGUUUUCAAGACUGUAUCGCCAUGUUCCAGAAGCAUUCUCUCCUGAAAUUUCACCCACAACAUAUUGCCCCCACUCUUAUCACUGGGAUGCUUUAUUAGUCAUAUAUCUCAAAUGCACAAGAUAUGCAUUAGGGUCCUUUGUAUGAUCAUGGUAUUGUAGACAAAUGUCAUUAAAAUUAGUAUAUGUGCAUAUUGAAAGGCAAGGAUCAGAGCUUGGAAGUGUUACGUUUUGGAUUACACUUCCCAGAUAUCAUGGCACCUGUAGUUCAAAAAUGUACCAUUGGUAGGAUUACAACCAUGAAGUAAAGAUUACAUACCCACGGAUACAGAGAGCCUUCUUCAAAAGACAGACUGCCACAAAAAAGGAAUUAGCAGACCAAUGAAGACUAUCUUUCUUGAAUUCAGUGUUGAUUCUGCCCAUGAUAACUGUCAGGAUUCUAUGAAGUUCUCCUGCCUCCCUUUCACAGCCUUCAUUACGAGAAAUAAGGGUAUUAUUCCAUGUCCCUUAAAAAACUCUGUGUAUGUGGGGGUUUUUUUGGGGGGGGGGGUGUUGCCAAGCCUGAUCACCUUGCAAUGUGACUUUGAGGUUUUAAGGGGGGGCGGGCGGUAUAGCACAAGAUCUGCAUGCAUAUUGAGGCCUGUGUGUUAUUACGGCAAAUGUGUGAACUCAAUGAAAAUAUUUUAAGUGUGUAUCUUUACUUAACAAUGAAUGUGCUUUGUUUUUUUAAAAAAAAUAAAUACCUUGUGUGAAAAGAA